CAAAAAUCGGCUCACAUGAUGAUACGUUCCAGUGCGUUUAUUAGUCGACUACCAUUGCGUGGAAUUGCGGCUGCAACGCUAAACAGUAAUGGGGCACUGUUGCAAUCGCCGCCCAGCUUAGCAGCAUUGCAAACAACACAGGUCCGGUACCGAUCGACACCAAUCAACACGGUGAUAAUGUUUGUUCCGCAGCAGGAGGCAUGGAUCGUUGAGAGGAUGGGUAAAUUUCAUCGCAUUCUUGAACCGGGUCUGAAUGUCCUGCUGCCCGUUGUGGACCGUGUUAAAUAUGUACAAAGUCUGAAGGAAAUAGCGAUAGACGUACCGAAACAAUCGGCCAUCACUUCCGACAACGUAACGCUCAGCAUCGACGGUGUGCUGUAUCUGCGCAUUCUAGACCCAUAUCUUGCAUCGUACGGCGUGGAAGAUCCGGAGUUUGCCAUUACCCAGCUCGCUCAAACAACUAUGCGUUCCGAGCUCGGAAAAAUGUCCCUCGAUAAAGUGUUCCGCGAGCGUGAAUCGCUUAACAUUAGCAUCGUAGAAUCGAUCAAUAAGGCCAGCGAAGCUUGGGGCAUUUCCUGUUUGCGAUACGAAAUCCGUGACAUUAAGCUACCGAGCCGAGUGCACGAAGCGAUGCAGAUGCAGGUCGAGGCGGAACGACGAAAACGUGCCGCGAUUCUGGAAUCGGAGGGUGUCCGUGCGGCGGAUAUUAAUGUGGCGGAGGGCAAGCGACAGUCUCGCAUCCUUGCUUCUGAAGCUCAGAAACAGGAAGAAAUCAACCGAGCAAAUGGUGAAGCGGCGGCCAUUAUGGCGCUAGCCGAUGCUCGAGCAAAAAGUCUUAAAAUCGUUGCCGAAUCGCUGUCCAGCGAACAUGGUCGAAGUGCGGCUUCGCUCAGUGUGGCGGAAAAGUAUGUGGUGGCGUUCGAGAAGCUGGCCAAACAAAACAACACACUUAUCGUACCGUCGACCGCAUCUGACGUGACGUCGAUGGUGGCACAAGCACUGCAGAUCUACAACAAUCUCUCAAAUACCUCACAAAUGUCGCGAUCUUCGGCGGGCGCAGAUCAUCAACGCCGAAAUGUGGACGAAGGACAGACCGUACUGGGGACGCUCAAUGAAACUAGUUCGAAGCUUGAUGCCACACUGCCACCGCUGGACAACCAUCAUCAUCAGGGGGACAUGGGGGGUUCGUCGUCGAAAUAA